CGCCGCGGCUGAGCCUGCUGCUAGGUUGCUCUAGCUGGGCGCGCGGGGAGGCGGCGAGCACAGCUGGGCCGGGACUUCCUUCCUCCCUCUACCGCAGGACAACAAAACAACCCGGCAGCAGGCGCUGAGCCCUUGGCAGCUGUCUGGGCGAGAGGCGCAGCGAUGGGCUCUGUGCUGAGCAGCGAUAGCGGCAAAUCCGCCCCCGCCUCGGCCGCCCCGCGGGCCCUGGAGCGCAAGGGGGACCCCGAGCUGCCCGUCACGUCCUUCGACUGUUCCGUGUGCCUCGAGGUGUUGCACCAGCCCGUCCGGACCCGCUGUGGCCACGUAUUCUGCCGUUCCUGUAUCGCCACCAGUCUGAAGAACAAUAAAUGGACCUGUCCUUAUUGCCGGGCCUAUCUUCCUUCAGAAGGAGUUCCAGCCACCGAUGUAGCCAAAAGAAUGAAAUCUGAGUACCAGAACUGCACCGAGUGUGACACCCCGGUUUGCCUCAGCGAAAUGAGGGCACACAUAAGAUCUUGUGAGAAGUAUAUAGAUAAGUAUGGACCGCUGCAGGAACUUGGGGAGACGGCAACCAGGUGUGUGUGUCCAUUUUGUCAGAGGGAAUUGGAUGAAGACAGCUUGCUGGAUCACUGCAUUACUCAUCACAGAUCAGAAAGGAGAUCUGUGUUCUGUCCACUUUGCCGUUUACUACCUAAUGAGAAUCCAGGAAGCUUUAGUGGCAGUUUAAUAAGACAUUUGCAAGUCAGUCACACUUUGUUUUAUGAUGAUUUCAUAGAUUUUAAUAUAAUUGAGGAAGCUCUUAUCCGAAGGGUCUUAGACCGGUCACUUCUGGAAUAUGUGAAUCACUCAAACACCGCAUAAUUUAAUUAAGAGGAAAGGGAAGGAGACCAUAGAAUUGCACCAUUUGUUAAGAUGCUGCUUGAACAAUUGGAGGGGAAUUGUCAAGGUUCCAUGGGCAAAGAUGUACAACACUGUUAUACGUUUGUCCGUGUUUAUUGUUAUAUUGCGUUUUAAAACUACUUUCAUUUUGAUGGCUUAAAUCUGUUUAACAUUCUUGAGUUUUUUAGACACUUAACAACAAAAAGUAGUCUCCAUCAGCCAUUAAUAUAUGGAAGAGGACAUAAGGCAGGAUAUGUGGAUGAAGGAUCUUUAUUUGCAAAUUGGAUGAUACUAUGUGUAAUGCUACAUAUUAAUAACUACUAUCAUGGUUGAGCAAGAUAACUAAUCUUUGUUCUAUCUAAAAAGAUGGAGAGUGAAACCAAGUGUGGACAUUCAAGGACAUAUGAAAUCUGUUGUAGUGCUCAUCUAAUCUCUAAUAGAAUAAUAUGAGUAGCCUUGUAUUGGAGUAGAGGAGGAAAAUUUUGGAAGUCAACAAAGUCCACUUAACCAAAUUGUAAAACAUAAUACUGUAACAAAAUAAAUUUUGUGUUAGGAAUGUAUACUUAAUUCUUUGACUUUUUAUAACUAUGCACAAUAAGAAUUUAAUAUUAUAUUUUUCAAAUAUUUGUAGCUUAUUAUUUAGAAAUAUUUCUAUAAUAUAGGCAGUUUUCUUAAGAACCUUCAGCUGAUAUUUAUAGUAGAAGUGUUCACAUCCAUAAUUUUUAGUGGAAAACCCUAAGGGCUUUGCUUUUUUUACUUUUUUCCUUUAGAAAAAAUACAAAAUAUAAAUACUGAAAACCAAACAAAAUGUAGCUUUUUACAUCAUUAUAAGGAAACACUGUUUUAGAACUCCGCCAGCCAUUCUGGUUGUCCUCUGUGUGUCCAGUCACAGUUAUCAACCAUCUCCCCAAAUUCCACAGAAGUAACUAAUACCCAUUAUAAUCACUGCAGUGAUUAUACCCAUUGUAAUCACUACAGUGAUACCCAUUAUAAUCACUUCCUUGCAUUUCUUUAUUAUUACCCAAGUGUGUAUCUCUACACACUGCAUUUUAAUCUUAUCCAUUUAAAAUUGUUUUAUUGGCUACAUCUUUUAAAUCUAUAGGUUCUCCCUUCUUUCUUUUCCUUAGAAUUUACUGAAGAACUUGGUCUCAUGGCCUAUAGAGUUUCCCACAGUCUGUAUUUUGCUGGUUGUGUACUCAUGGUGCAAUUCAGCACAUUCCUCUUUCCUCUGGAUAUUGACACAUGGAUCCAGAUGUUUGAAUAGGCUCAGGUUCAGUCCUUUUUGGCAAGACUAUAGGUCAUGGUGUGUUCUUUCAUCAGAGGGCACAUAAUAUUUGGUUCUCUCUAUUUGUGAUGUCAGCUGAAAUUGAUACUCAAUACCUAGAUCCAUUGAUUUACUGUGAGGUAGAAGAUAUUCUAAUUCUAUCAUUUCUCUUUCAUUUAUUAACUGGAACAUUUUUAUAAAGAGAUGUUUCCCCACAUGUACUAUUUGGUUAACCAUUGGUCAAGUUUGUACAGGAAAGGGAAGGUAAAUAUUUGUAUUUUCCUUUCAUGUACUAAUUUUCAAGAAAAUAAACUUGUUUCCUAUUACCUUCCAGAGAUCCCUUCCUUUUUUCGGUAUUACGAACUCAUGGGUUCAAACAUAUUU